ACAAAUUUUUGGGUUCACUCUCGUCGUCUUCAUCCCAAAUCCAAACAUGACGUACUUUUCUUUGAAUUUCUUCCAUGGAAGAGCUAACAAAAUCCAAUUCCCACUCUCUCUGGUUCCUUGGUUAACAAGGAACAUCGGCUGCGCUCAAGGAAGGGGCUACAGUAGCUCUCCUCCUCUAAGCAAGGAACAAAAUGGAUAUAAUGGGUUCUACAACCAACCAAACAGGAGCCUUCCUUCUGAUGUAUAUAAUGGGUUCAAUCUGGCUGUGGAAGAAGAGAUUGAGAGAGAUUUUACGGCCGUGGCUGAUGAAUUCAUCCAAGAUCCCGAAGAUAGUAGUAGAAGAUGCUGUGGGAUGCAAGAUGGGCAGAAUUCUGCAAUCAAGUUGCUUGCGUCCAGGGCAUUUACUUGUAUGGAACUGAAGAAGAAACUGGAAGGAAAGAAAUUUCACCAUGAAACUAUAGAUGCGGUCUCAUAACAGACUUCCAGAGCAGGGGUCUGAUCAAUGAUUACUUAUAUGCGGAAACAUAUACCCAAUCCAGAUGGUCUUCCUCAAGCUGGGGCCCUCCUCGAAUCAGACAAGAACUAUUCAAGAAGGGGAUAAGUGAAGCAGAUGCAGAAAAAGCAAUAAAACUAGUAUUUGUAAACAAUGAAAGUGUUGAAGAUGAGGAUUCAGGAAUAGCCAUGUCAAAGUCUUCUAUUGACCAUUUAUAUGCUUAGGCCUCAAAGCAAUGGCAGAGAAGUCAAGGCGCAUCACAAGAGACACGGAAAUCGCGAAUAGUUCGCUGGCUUCAAUUGGAGUGUGAUCAAAUAUGUAAUGAAUAAGUUGGAAUGUGGGGGUCCUUCCUAAAGCAAUCGUCAUUGUGCUGCUUCCUGUAUCAGGUGUGAUAGAUGACGACUCUGCCUCAAGCCAUUCUUGACAGGCCAAGCUGUUCAAGCUUGGAUUGACCAGAUGAGGUUAAGUACAAGCAAUAAAUGACUAAAGUAACAACUAGGAGGUGGUUGCCGGAGUGGUUGCUUUCCAGACACCAAAUUACAGUGUGUCGACACAAGUAAAGAAUAGAAAUGGGCACAUCUUAGUCUGAUUCUUGAAUUGUGAAUGGUUUGAUUUUUAGAAAUGGGCACAAGUAAGGAAUAGAAAUUUUGGAUGCACAGACAGAUUAGGGAUGUUUUGAUGUUUCAUUGUUUCUGGUUGAGCAAGGUGAUGGACCUCUUCACCCACUUAUCAUCAUUUCUGACUUCCAAAAUACUACCUCUGUCCCAUUCCAAAAUACUACCUCUGUCCCACUCAAGAUGUCCACGUUCUUGAGUGGCAAGAGAUUUUAGAAUGAGGUGUUAGGUGGAGUAAGUAGAGCGUAAAAUGUAGUUGAAUAUUUUAAUGCGGAGAGAAUGAAUUAUUUUUAAAUA